AUGGCAGUGGUAGAUCAUAUGGAUGGCCAAAGAGACCUUGUUACUUACAAAUCCAUGUGGCAUCUCAGUGAUCAAGAUCCCUAUUACCAUUCGGACGCAUAUAGAAAAGAUGGAGGAGAUGGUAGUGGACAUUGGUUGUGCACCUUUCUUUAUACACGAGUUGUUGACCUUUUCUCUUAUGCAGGUGCGGCCUGUGGGUAUGGAAACCUAUACAGCCAAGGUUACGGGAAAGACAAUGCAGCUUUGAGCACAGCAUUGUUCAACAAUGGCUUGAGCUGUGGAGCCUGUUUUGAAAUAAAAUGGAGGGACCCGCAGUGGUGCCUACCAGGCUCAGUUGUGGUUACAGCUACCAAUUUCUGCCCACAGACCUCACUAACCAUGCUGGAGGCUGGUGCAAUCCUCCUCUGCAUCAUUUUGAUCUCGCUCAGCCUGUCUUCUAGCGAAUUGCUAAGUUUAGAGCAGGGAUUGUGCCCGGUGUCUUAUAGAAGGGUACCAUGCGAGAAGAAAGGAGGAAUAAGAUUCUCAAUCAAUGGGCACUCAUACUUCAACUUAAUACUGAUAACCAACGUUGGAGGUGCUGGCGAUAUUCAUGCAGUUUCAGUAAAAGGGUCAAAAACUGGAUGGCAACCCAUGUCAAGAAACUGGGGUCAAAACUGGCAAAGCAACACAUACCUCAACGGACAAAGCCUCUCGUUUAUGGUGACAAUUAGUGAUGGACGCACUGUGAUCUGUAAUGAUAUAGUACCUGCUGGGUGGUCCUUCGGCCAGACCUUCAUUACCGACCAACAGUUUGAUUAAAUCUAAAGACCAGACCAACCAAUUGCUGUACAAGUCAAUAAAUGAAUACAUAGGGAGGGGUGUUAGUUUUGAGCUCAGAAAAUUUGAGAGGGCUUAAUUUAAAAUGUGGUUCUUAUCAAUUGUCGUUUCCAGAUUUCAUUAUGAUGUAGGUUUGAUUCUGCUUUGCUAUAUAUGAAAAGACAGGUGGCCUGAAAAUUUAGCUGCGCUGGACAUUCACCACCCGCAAAUUAUUUUGUUUCAUUUUUGGUUUCCUUGUUGAUUUAUAUAAAGCAA